AUGAGAGAUGUGGUAAUACCGGGGCUCAGUUGGGUGAUUGGAGAUGGAAAAUCCAUUAGUUUUUGGAGAGAUAGAUGGCUAGUGCCGGAUACGCUAUUGGAGGUUGCGGUGAAUGAGAUACCACCAAAUCUGGUGGAGGUGAAAGUUAGAGAUUUGUGGCAGAGUGGAAGAGGCUGGAAUCUGAAUCAAAUCGCCCCAUAUAUUUCUGAGGAAGUGAGAUUGCAACUCAUGUCAGCUGUUCUAGAUGAAUUCACACGGGGAUGUGAUCGAGUGUCAUGGGGCUAUACUAUGGAUGGUGAAUACUCGGUGAAGACGGCAUACGCGUUCCUCACCAGAGAUACUGUACCUCGACCGAACAUGGAAGCAUUGUUUACUCGACUUGGUGUCGACCGACACAAGCCUUCUGGUGUCGACCGACACCGAUUCUGGAAAAACCCAGAUCGGACUAUGAACAGUACCUGA